UCUCGCGAGAUGAGACAUGUGACGUCUGCAUUAGCUGGCCGGCAGGAACCACGGAGCUGGACAUUUAAACAGCGAUCCGGGAGUGCGGGCUGUGCUAAGGAAAUCGGGAGUGUCCCGCGAAAAGCGGGACUGAUGGGCGGUAUGAUUAAGUAGAAGGCCCCAUUCUCAUUUCGCUCACUUCACUCACCGUGGAGCUGCGUUGUCAUGAUAUUGGUGACACUAAUGACCAGCAAAGCUGUCUGGGAACCCUCUUUGCUUCCUAACAGAACCAUACAGAACAGGGCUCCUGAUAAAAGCCAAAUAAUAGCUGUGUCCUGAAGCCGCUUGUCAUACAGCAGGAGAACACAGUGCUUGAUUUGCAGCUAUAUAUGCACAUAGUGGCUGUCAUACCGCUUGCAUGUGCUAUUACAGAUCAUUCGGCAUUAGAAGUGAAUGGAAAAUCCCACUCCCACAAUCCCAUUACGCUAUACUGUCUAUUACUGGAGAUGUUACUUUGAAAUGAUUGGCUGAGGGCUAGUAAUGAAACAGUUAUCUGUUCAGGAGGAAGCCACCAAACCCUUGUGUGGGAAUGUCUCUAGUGCUGAGCCUUUGCAAGUUCUCCUUAAACCACUAAAUACCACCACCCAAAUGGCUACGCAGGAACUGGACUGCACAGAUAUCAAGCAUUCAUAUUCGGUACAGGGUAUCGGUAGCUGUAAGAUGGACAGACCUUUGACUGAGUCGGACAAUAUACAGAGCCAAGACAAAACAGACACUCGGGAUCCUGAUCUAAAACUGGAUGUAAGGCAAGAUCACAAUCGUUUAGGUUGGCAAGGGCUGGAUCUGAGGCAUACUUCUGGUAACUUGGAUCUACACAAAGCUCCUAUAAAUGAAAUUAGAGAUAGUGAAAACACACAACAGAUCACUGAACAAAGCCCAGGCAAUACUGGAAUACAGGAACUGGCUACAAGCGAAACACCAAAAGGCAUGAAAAACCCCAUCAGUUCACAAGAAGACCUAAAACAGAACCCAGGUGACAUGGGCACUCUGGAACUGGCUAUAAUACAAACACUUCAUAACAUAGGUCAUGCCAUGAGCUCCUCGGAACAAACUGUAAAGCAGAGCCCAGUGAGCAUGGAAAUAACUGUGAAUCUGCCAGAGGACAUUGAUACAAACAGCCAAGCUGUAAGCCAAUGUACACUUUACACACACAACACAGAUGUGACACAGAGCCAAGAUAUAGACUCCCAAACGAUCAGCCACAGUGCAGAUAACAUGGACUCUCAAGAGCUGAAUAUAAAAGCAGUUAGUAUAGCUGCACAAGUGCUAAACAUGAACUCCAAGACACCAAAUAGCAUGGUACAGAGCAGGAACCCAAAUUAUGCUGAUACACAGGAUCCAAACAAAAGAAGGACUUUAGAGAGCAAGUGCAUCAUAGAUACUUUUUCAGCUCAGAGCUCAAAUAACGCGGUUGUCCAGGAAACUGGCAUGAUUCAGAGUUCGGAUCACAUCUAUAUCCAAGAUAUGGUUGCAAGACACAGCUCGAAUAUAAUGGCUUCCCCGGACAAAGACAUCAUAUACCAUAGUUAUCCAGAAAAGAUCUCAAGUGCUCCGAUACCAUCCAUACCAUGUUCUGUGUCUGAUGCAAGUAAUGUUUAUCAGUCACUUCUCUCUGAGGGCUCAAGCUCCAUUCUGGUUCAGUCAGACAGGCCAGCAACAGCCUUUUCCACCGGUUCUGUAGAUGGCAUCAUUAAUGCUCCUAUCAACCCCCAGAUAAUUCAAGGCUGUAUUGUGGCAAAUCCUGAAGGCAGCAACUCUGAAAUCACCCAAUACCUGAUCCUUCAGGAGCAAGAUAGUACCUCCUCUGUAACUGUGGCUUCUGUACCUGUUGGGGAACGCUACCAAACACAUGGCUCUUCUUGUGCUGCUGAAAGUAUGGCUGAUGCUGAAAGUUUGGAAGGGAUGGUGGAAGUGGUCUUUGUGCAGCAGUAUAAGUGUAAGAUGUGCAAAUACAAGAGCACCUCCAAACCCACCUUGCUUCGUCAUGUGAGAGAGCGCCACAUCCAGCCAACUUCCAUAGAAGAGAAGAGGAGCCACGAAGGGAAAGUCGCGCGGUCAAAAGAAGAAGAAGAAGAGGAGGAAGAUGAUGAUGAUAUUGUGGAUGCUGGUGCAAUUGAUGACCCAAAUGAUGACAGCGAUUAUAGCCCAGGAGAAGAUACCCCAAACAAUAACUUAGAAUCAGCUCAUGGAAUACUAAUUAAAGAGAGGCCACGUAGGAAGCCAGGCCGCCCACGCAAGAUUCCGCGCAUUGAUGGUCCUAAACUGGACAUUCCACUGUCCAGCAACGACAACCAGACAGACCAGGGUGUUACGAACUCUGACCUUGAGAACAAGGACCCUGCUUCCUUGGCCAUAUCUGAGGAACAGAGUCCACCCAAGAGGAUGCGAGGCCGCCCUCCUAAGCAUAUUCGUGGGAAGAAAUACCGUAGAUUCAGAGGUAGUCGGUUUUACAGACCCCCUAGUAAACGUCUUCUUAGACCCUUCAUCUGCAGAAUCUGCGGUUCCAGCUUCCUUACCCAUGAUGAUUUUACUUUUCAUGUGACAUCACAUGUUGGUAAUGACCCACAAGCGUUUCAGUGUCAGCAGUGCAGUUAUCAAUGUCGACGCUGGUCUUCACUCAAGGAGCACAUGUAUAAUCACAAGGGAAGCAAACCAUAUAAAUGCGAGGAGUGUGAGUACACAAGUGUUUACAAAAAGGAUGUGGUCAGGCACUCAGCUGUGCAUAGAGAAGAUCGAAAGAAGAAAUCCGAGAAGACUUCAAAACCAGCUUCCUACCCAUGCCCUGUUUGUGGCCGUAUAUACACCAUGCAAAAGAGGCUAACCCAACAUAUGAAGAUACACAGCGCUGAGAAACCUCACAUGUGUGAUAAGUGUGGUAAAGCCUUCAAAAAGCGUUACACCUUUAAGAUGCACCUUCUGACUCACUUGCAGUGUGUGGGGAAGAGCAGGUACAAAUGUGAGUUCUGUGAAUAUAUUUGUGGCGAUCGAAAGCAACUCCUAAAUCACCAACUAACGCACAUGAACGACAAGCCAUUCAAAUGUAGUCAAUGCAAAUACCACACCUACCGACAGGACUUUCUGCUGUCCCACAUGGCCACCAAACAUGCAGGUGGGAAGCCCUUUGCUUGUGACCACUGUCACUUUACUACCAAGCACAAGAAGAAUCUUCGGCUCCACGUGCAAAGCCGACAUCCGCUCCUCUAUAAUGAGUGGUCUCAGCGGCACCCUGAGGAAACACCCAGUCGUCGACGACCUUUUUUUUCUAUGCAGCAGAUUGAGGAGCUCAAGCAGCUGCAUGAACAGUCAGAAAACCAGGGUCCCUCGCCUCAGGAAGUGGUGAUGGAUGCAGCAGAACUCAGUUAUCAAAUACUUCAGCCUACAUCGCAGUCGCCAACAGAGGAGCAAUCACAUGGUGCGCUUGGAGCUGCAGCCAUUAUAUAUGAACAAGAAGGUGAAGAGGAAGAAUAUGCAACCAGGGCUGCUCUCGAUCUGCUUCUCAAUAUGAGCACUCGAAGGGAAGGCACAGGAGGCCCUCUGCAAGUGGCAGUAGUGAAAUCUGGCUCCGGCGGGGAGGUUCAGAGCUCACAGAGCAUGGCUCAUGAGCCCCACAUGGCUCAGGUCCUGACUUUGCAUGUGGAAGGAAACGGAGUGACGAGCGUUCAAGAGGCUGGCUAUGAGGAUGCAGGAGUUGAAGAUACUGGAUACGAAGGGGCUGUGCAGCAGAUAACUAUCGACAAUGCCUUCACAACUGCCGAAUACAGCUUAAUAAACACAGAAAAUAUUCCAGCGUCACUGUGCAGUGAAACCAGUGCUUCUCCAGGAUCAACACUGCUGGGGGAAAACAUAAAGGACAAAAUCCUGCGCAAAUCCCAGCAAGCUGAACAUGUUUCAGAUCAUUCUGCUGCCCCUGCAGCCAAGAAAUUUUGCUGUAAGCUUUGUGGAACCACCUUUUUGGGUCGAUCUGAGAUGGAGAUUCACAAGAGAGCACAUGUCCCUAGCGGCGGAUUUAAAUGCCCGGACUGCAUCUUUACUGCUGCAAACUGGCCUGAAGUGCGGAAUCACCUGUCUGUGCAUAGCGAUCGCCGGCCGCACCGCUGUGAUCAGUGCAGUUUUGCCUGCAAAAAUAAGAGAGAUCUGAGUAGGCAUUCCAUGAUACAUACCAACCAAAGGCCACACUCGUGUCCCAUAUGUGGGCAGAGGUUUACUAGGAAAGCUCACUUGAAGUUCCACAUACAGAGGUUGCAUCGAGGAAAGAACAAUGAGCCACAAGAGAAUGAAGCAGAGCUAACACCGGCCCCAUCCCUGGAAGAGGAGCAUAUUUUCCUGACCCAAGAGGAAUCCAUGGCCAGCCAGGAAGAUACAGCUUAUAUUCAAGAGAUCACAACAGCUGAUGGACAGACCCUGCAGCAGCUGGUCACAGCAGAUAACCAGGUACAAUACAUUAUCUCUCAGGAAGAUAUCCCUCACCUCAUUCCCCAGGAAUAUGUUGUGCUACCAGAUGGACAUCAUAUCCAGGUCCAAGAUGGUCAGAUAACACACAUUCAGUAUGAAUCAGGCACCCCAUUCCUGCAAGACCCCCAGAUCCACUUUGUCCCCAUGUCCCCUUCUCAGCAGCUCCUCACCCAAGAACAGCUCCAAGCUGCAGCGCACUCUGCUGUCACAGCCGUGGCAGAUGCAGCGAUGGCCCAGACAGUGUUCAGUACAGAAACGGAGCAGCCUCUUCCGCAAGAGAUUGAAUAUGAUAUUAUCACACUGGGGGAGUGAGUGCAUCCCUGCUGGGGCUGACACCAGGGAUCGGAUCCCUACCAGCGCUGCCUUUCAAUGCACUUUGUUUUAUUCUUGUAAAAUGUACCUACCGAACUGCCACCUAAUAGCCGCUGGAUAACUUGGCCUUCAGGAGGGCAGAAGAUAAAAUAUUUUUUGCUACUGUGUACCUCAUCUGUAAUGUGACAAAUGCCUAAAAUUCAGUUGUUUUACUGAAGCACCAGGACAGCUACUGCCGAUGGCUGCUCUGGGGAUUUUUUUCAAAUGCACAAAAUUAUUUCAGUUAUUAAAAAGUGAAAGUGGAGAAAG